UGAUGAUCACAAAAGCAGAUGUUUUUAACGGAGCGAUUGAACGAACCGAUAAUGUGCAGACGAGUAUUAUUCAGCAAAACGCGUUAAUUGUCCGAGUUGCUGUAGCGUUAUCACUCGUAAGUAUACAGUAUAUAAAGUCUUGGAAAACGAGUGCCAGUAUUGACCUCGUCUUUACUCGCCUUGUACCUCCUUAACUACUAUAAAAAUUCAUUCGUCGAGAGCUGACUACAAGUAAAACAUUAUUCAGAAUUUAAAUCCACAAAUAAAAGUUGAAAAAAUGUUCAUUUUACUUCUUUCGAUGGUAACGGUCAUCUUCGCCGUAUGGGUCAUAAUAAGAUGGUCAAAAGUAAAGAAGUAUUGGAAGGAAAAGGGAGUCCCGCACUACUCUCCAAAUCCGAUUGUAGGAAGCCUGACGUUCCUACAAAGAGAGAACCCUUCGUUAUGGAUGCGCAAACUAUACAACGACUUCAAAGGCGCUCCGUACGUCGGCAUCUGGCUGUUCUGGCGGCCAGCGCUGGUGGUGAACAGCCCCGAGAUCGCGCGCCGAGUGCUCGUCAAGGACGCCGAUGUCUUCAGGAACAGGUUCUUGAGCUCCGGCAAGACUGAUCCCAUCGGAGCACUUAACGUGUUUACAGUCAACGACCCUCUUUGGUCAUCCGUGAGGAGGCGCCUGACCGUCGUGUUCACUGCUGCCAAGCUGAGGAGCCUACAGCCUAUGACUAUGACGAAGACCAAGAACUUGAUCAAACGGAUCGGCGAUGACAGCAAAAUCGGUCCAGUAAAAGACCUCAGAGAAAUUUGUACAGACUACACAACCGACGUGAUCGGUGAGGCGGCGUUCGGCAUCACCAGCAACUCCCUGGUAUCACCUGACAGCAUCAUGAGGAGGGUCACCAGAGAGAUGAUGGCCUUCAACGUGCACAGAGGCCUGUCCUGGUGCAGCAUCUUCUUCAUCCCGGAGUUAGUGGAUGUAUUCAGGUUAUCAUUCUUCCCUAAGGAUACGAUGAAGCUUCUACGUAAGAUCUUCCAGACAAUGGUCGCGCAAAGAGGAGGCUAUGAGAACCCGAUUAAGGAGCCAAGGGACUUGCUCGAAGCCCUGGUGAAGAUCAAGCAGGAGUCCACUGAUGAUGAAAUGACCGAAGACGUAUUGCUGGCUCAAGCAGCUGCGUUCCUAUUAGGCGGGUUUGAUACUUCAGCCUCAACAAUGACUUUGGUUCUUUAUCAAUUGGCUUUCAACCCACAUCAUCAGGAACGUUUGUACCAAGAAGUAUUGCAAGCUCAAAACAAGAGUGAAGAUGAGUAUUUGAACACGGCGUCACAUCCCGAACUGACCUUCUUGGAUGCCGUCAUUAAAGAAACCCUGAGGAUCUUCCCACCAAUGGGCUGGCUGGACCGUAUCGCCAGUACAGACUACAAGAUAGAUGACAAUCUGACGAUACCAGCAGGUACGCCCGUCUACGUGAACGGCGUGGCCAUGCAGGUCGACCCCGAGUACUUCCCCGAACCUGAAGUGUUCAAACCUGAACGAUUCCUACCCGAAAAUGAAAGGAAUAUCAUUCCCUACACUUACAUGCCAUUUGGAGAUGGACCCAGGAACUGUAUUGGAAUGCGUUUUGCCUACCAGAGUCUGCGUCAGAGUCUUGCUCACAUCAUCCUGAACUUCGAGAUCCACGCGCUGCCAGGCUCCACGAAGCCCAACAAUGUCCACAUGGAGCAGAAGGGACUGUUCUUCAUGCCCGAUGAGAAGCUGUCCGUGCAGUUUGUACCGAGGGCUACUCAAACUGUACUUUAACUUAUGUUACGUAAGGUUCAAAAUGAUGAUUGUUUUUUUGUAGAAGUGUUUUUUGAAGUUUACUGGUUCGACCAGCUUUCGGGACAUUAUUUGUAGAUGCUAAGCAAAAAUAGUGAGAUAUUAUUUUUAUGUAAUAUAUUUGUAUUAAUUAAAGUUUAUGUUAUUUUGAA